CCCCCCAAUGCGGCGUGUUCCUCCCCUGACUCCUGUCGUCCUCAGCAGGACACCCAGGUGCAGCAGGGGGGCCGCAGUGGGACCAGCAUGGCAGAAAGGGGGUCUGGCCCUCAGAGGAAGCUGCUUUUGGGGACGGAGCCCAGCACAGAGCCCCUCUACUUUGAGGAUGAAGAGGAGUUUCCCGGGCUGAUGUCAGGAGGAGGAGGAGGAGUAAGUCCUCCCCGGGGUACCCCUGAAUGCGUCCCGCCCAAGCUCCCCAAGGGCCUGCUGGACAGUCUUCCAGAGGGCUCGCCCAUCAGCAUCGUGAAGACGCCCAUACCGAUCACCACCUCGGUGCCCAAGCGGGCCAAAAGCCAGAGGAAGAAGGCGCUGGCGGCCGCCCUGGCCACAGCCCAGGAGUACUCGGAGAUCAGCUGGGAGCAGAAGAAGCUGCAGGAGGCGCUGUCUAAAGCGGCGGGAAAGAAGAGCAAGACCCCAGUGCAGCUGGAUCUGGGAGACAUGCUGGCGGCCCUGGAGAAGCAGCAGCAGGCCAUGAAGGCUCGGCAGCUGACCAACACCAAGCCCCUGUCCUACACAGUCGGCACGCUGACUGGCCUCCCAGUCAAGGACAGCGGGGGCAAGUUCUCAGGUGCCAGUGCCAGGAACCAAGCCUGCACCUCGCCUCACAACAUCCUGGACUCCAGUGCCCCUCGGGUCAAGAGAGGCAAGGAGCGGGAGAUCCCCAAGGCAAAGAGGCCCACUGCACUGAAGAAGGUCAUCCUGAAGGAGCGGGAGGGGAAGAAGGGGAAGCCGCCUCUGGACUCUGACGUGGCAGGAGCAGAGGAAGAGGAAGAUGAUUCCUCGCUGUCCUUCACUGAGGAUCUGACCCAGGAGCACCUGACCCCAGACGAGCACAGUCUGAGCGUGCCCAGUGAGCCCUCGCUCUCCCCGGCCAGCCAGAACUCCCCGUACAGCAUCACGCCCGUGUCCCAAGGCUCGCCGGCCAGCUCCGGCGUAGGGAGUCCCCUCGCCGCCUCCACCAUCACCAAAAUCCACAGCCGGAGGUUCCGAGAGUGAGUCCCGUCCCAAGCUUUCGCUUCCCUGUGGGUGGUUCCGAUUCACUUUUGUCGUAACUUCUGUGCUGUUUUCUCUGGUGGGCAGAGGCACCCCGACGAUUCUCAGUACAAAUGAUUUGAGUAACAAGUUCCGC